AUGCUUUCUUUACCUCUCUUUCUCCCACCCCUUUCCCCUUUCCCAUCUCCCCUUUGGCAUUUCUGUCCACCUUUCGAUUCAUUAGCCGACCCUUUCUCUCACACCGCCGACGGGACGAGAUAUUUUCGUUUUUUCCUUAGAAACAAUAUCAUUCUCUUUUCUCUGUCGUUUUUUAUUUAUCUCGUUCACAGCGAUGUCAUUCGUUUUUCCAACCCCUUUUCUUCAACGUCGUUCAUUUUUUUCUUUUUCCAUUCCUUCGCUUCAUCGUCCCUUUUUUUUUCCUUCGCUUCAACGUCGCUUUAUUUUUCCUUCACUUCACCGUCGCUUUUUUUUUCCUUCGCUUCACCGUCGCUUUUUUUUUCCUUCGCUUCACCGUCGCUUUUUUUUCCUUCGCUUCACCGUCGCUUUUUUUUCCUUCGCUUCACCGUCGCUUUUUUUUUCCUUUUCACUUCGCUUUUUUUUUCCUUCGCUUCACCGUCGCUUUUUUUUCGCUUCACUGUCGCUUUUUUUUCCUUUCGCUUCACCGUCGCUUUUUUUUCCUUCGCUUCACCGUCCCCUUUUUUUCCUUCGCUUUUAUUUCCGUCGCUUCAACGGAAGGUUCGGUUCCCUUUCGUUCCUUCGCUUCAAUAUCGUUCGUUUUUUCUUCUUUUGCUUCAAUAUCGUUCGUUUUUUUUUUCACUUCGCUUCUUAACGUCGGUUUUUUUUUUUUUUGUUCCUUCUCAUUUCCGUUGUUCGUUAUUUUUCUCGUUGGCUUCUACGUCGUUCGUUUGUUUUUCUUUUUUCGUUCCUUUGCUUCAAAGCCGUUCCUUUUUUCAUUUCUUUUCACUCUUUCGCUUAAACAUCGUUUGUGCUUUGCCUUUUUUUCUACUUUUUUUCCCCGCCUUCCCUAUAACGUCGUUUAUUUUAUUCUCUACAUCGUUCUGA